AGUAACGUUGUAUAUACGACAGGGCGGCAUAAGCUGAGAGGAGAGCGAUGCACCUACUAGUAACGGAUAUGUUGGCCCAGAAUAUACAACUACAAGUACACACCCACCGGCAUAUAACUGUACACAUCGCUCACUUAUCUCAUCGCCUUGGCUGCGGCUAUAAUAAUAAUGAUAAUAAUAAAAUAACAUCCACCGCAAGAGUCCUGCCUUGGAGGAAUAGGCACCGGCACCGACACCACGACCACACCUUAUACUGCCGCUCAGUAUUCAUUACCAGAGUGUUCAUUUGCUUCCUCAUAUCCGCGAAAAAUCAAAAUUGCAAUGUGUACUGCAUGUUCCAAAAGCCUGUACCGAGGAUGAUUUAGGUGGCGUGCGUGGGCUUCAAGUCGGACCGGGACAUGGCCAAACCCGAUGAUUGACCCAUAACAGCACUCUCUGGGCGCAACAAGCACCGGAAAUCCGUCCUUUUGUACUAUCACACGGCUGUAAAGACUAUGCUACGGCUACAGUACAUGCUGCCGAGGUAGAUGGAUGCUGCGUAGUGAGCCUUUCUCACCGGCAAGAAAUGAAUUAUUCUACAAAAGGACCCGGUCAAGAUGUGUACAGUCAAUUCGCAUAUGUCCAGGUUCCGACCCUUUCAGCCUCCGGGGUAUCUAUGAACGCGCCCGAUGCGUCCGAAAAAUCCUUUCAUCAUCUCGUUUCGUCAGUAAACUAGGUAUGCAAGAGGCAGAGUUUGAACAUCCAAACCCCUUCUUGCCUAACCCCUAAUGCCUCUUUUGGCUCUCCACUGCUAUGGCAAGAACGAAUGCCCGCCGUCUUAGUAAACGACAAGCUUUUCUGAGUCCUACGCUCCCCUCACUUUUGUCGUAACAGAACACACCUCCUUCCUCGGAAAGACAUCAAUUAUGAGACAUCGAAUAAGAAAAGCAAGCAGUUUGCUUGUGACUCCGAACAAAGCUAUUGACAAGUAGGGGCAAAAGCAAUCAGAAUCAAGCACGUUGCCUCUUCCGGC